GCGUGCAUCGAAACGUGGUCGCUACGAGGACGAUGAGGACUGGGCCGAGGACGACAGAGCCUGUGGCUCUUCAGGAACUAUCGGACGUGCCGGCAAAGUAUUGACCUAUCCGUACAUCUCACAAGAAGAAGAGCAGCAGAUAUUGUUGUCGUCGAACGAUUCCGCAUCGGCUUAUGCACAAAAUCUCGCUAAGGUCUUGUUCGCUGAUUCAUUGGACCUCUAUUUCAAGGAUCAAGAUCCAUCUAAGCGACAGUGGAUCCACGAAGCCGUCGAUUAUCGUUUUCCUUCUGGCGAUCGUAAUGCACACCAUCUGAAAUGGAAGAACUGUUCUUCAGCAAUCAACAAGAAUAUGCGAAUCUCUGAACGUGGACCAGCGGAUAAGCCGAAGCUGAAAGAAGUCGAGUGCACCUAUUUAACACGAGAGUACGAAGAGGAGUGCUACCGGAAGGCAAACAAGGAUCCAGUGAAAUAUGCAGAGUUCAUGUCACUGAAGCUAUUCGAAGGUUCUUGGGACAAAUUCUUCAAAGAACAGGAUGCAAAAAUGAAGGAUUGGUUACGGGAAUGUGUUGAUCGAAGGUUCUACAUUGCCGAUAAAAACAAGCGUGAUCAGCGAUGGAAAGUUUGUGCAGCUGCAUGUAAUCGAAAUCGCACAAAAAUCAUCGGAGAAGACGGAAAGGUCAAUGAAUUUCCGUACUUUCCGAAAGAACUCGAAGAAACGGCAUUCCGUGAAUCCAAUGGUCUACCGUAUGUAUACGCAGAGGCCAUGGCGAAACUACUUUUUCCUGAUACUCCGCAUCUGUUUUUCAAAGACCAGGACCAUGGCAAGCGUGUCUGGCUACACGAAGUACUUGACCGUCGUUUUCCGUCGCGUGACAAAUUGCAGCAUGUUGCUAAGUGGAAGUCUUGCACUACGGCGAUCAAUAGAAAUAAACCAGGCAGUUUUGCAGGGCCACCGACGUUCACUGAAAUGAAGCCGCUAGCAAUUGUAUCCAGUGCAAAGAGCUCAGCGGAUAAAAAAGACUCGAUCAAGGACAAAGAGAAUAAGAAAAAAGACGAAGAUACGCCUGUUAGCACCAAACGUUCUCAAUCUGCAAAUCGCCGGAAUGAGAAAGAGGCGUUGGCAGAUCAAAAAGAUAUACUGAAAGAAGAUGCAGCGAGGAAGGAGCGAGAAAGCAGCAGGAUCAGCGCCCGAGCCAAAGGGCACAGACCUGAACCCUACACGUCAUAUCCUUUCAUGACCGAGGACGAAGAAAUUGAAUGUUAUGAGGCAGCGAAGAGGAAGGACGUCGAGGUAUAUGCACGAGCAAUGGGGCGCGUAUUGUUCAAAGACAACAUUAAGGCAUUGUAUAAGGAUCAGGACGCGGAUCGUUGCCAAUGGUUCGAAGACAUUCUGCACUUUCGUUUCCCAACAUGGCGCGCUUUUGAAACGAGGUCCAAAGUGCGUGCCGCAAUCAGGGCCAUCAACAAGAACGCGACAACACGUUGA